UCUCACAAGGUCAUGGACAAGAAAACAAGCAUGCCAGAGCCCAAUUCUAAACUUGACUGAGACGUGGAGACGAAAAGGGGAGCACGCACAUCUCCUUCUGUUACAGAUUAAGAUUGACCUAUGGGGACUGUCAGCAAUGGAUUCUGCAAAUCAUCUAAACGUAACUCAGAUGGAAGAUUAUAAAGCAGAAGCUGAAUCCUCGAACUGCUGCUCAGCUUCAGCCCCAGCUAGUGAUGACAACUUUUUGAAGCUAGAAGACAGUACAAAGCUGGUGGGAGUGCAAGUGAUCCUCAUCCUUGCUUACAGCACAAUAAUAUUGUUUGGACUCACUGGAAACUCCUUAGUGAUAUAUGUAGUGUACAAGUUUAAAAAUCUAAGGACUGUAACCAAUUUCUUUAUUGUAAACCUAGCUGUCGCAGACCUGCUGGUGAAUACUCUGUGUUUACCUUUCACUCUGGUCUACACCCUCUAUGGUGAGUGGAAGUUUGGGAAAGUGCUAUGCUUCAUGCUGCCCUGUGCCCAAGGCAUGGCUGUGCAUGUGUCCACCAUCACUUUGAACAUCAUCGCCCUGGAUCGCCACAGGAGCAUCGUCUACCACCUGGAAACCAAGAUGUCCAAAGACAUGUGUGCUGUGGUCAUUGUCAUCACGUGGGCUGUCAGUGCCCUGCUGGCCAGCCCGCUCGCCAUCUUCAGAGAGUACGGGACUUUUGACAUUCUGCCAGAGGAGUCCAUUCAGGUGUGCACAGAGAAGUGGCCAGGAAGCAGCAUGAACGGAACCAUCUACAGCAUAUCAAUGCUUGUGCUUCAAUACGGCCUCCCUCUGGCCAUCAACUCAUUCGCCUACAUUCGUAUCUGGAAUAAGCUGAAGAAUCACAUAAGCCCUGGAGGUCGGAAUGACCGCCAUCGGCGCAGGAAAAAAACCACAAAGAUGCUGGUGACGGUGGUGGUGGUCUUUGCAGUCAGCUGGCUGCCGUUCCAUGCAUUUCAAUUGGCUAUUGACAUUGAUAGCAGUGUUCUAGAUAUGGAAGACUUCAAAUUGCUUUUCACUGUGUUCCACAUUGUGGCAAUGUGCUCCACGUUCGUCAAUCCAAUCCUAUAUGGGUGGAUGAACAACAAUUAUAGGACAGCCUUUCUGUCUGUAUGUAAAUGUAGCCAGCCCUUCAGUCUGAAGUCAAGAAGACAAAUGCAAAGGGAAAAAGACACCACCUGUACAGAUUUCAAAGCCACAAAUGUCUAA